CGCCCGGUUUAGGGAGGGUGGGUGUAGUGAUGUCACCGCCCCAGGCUUUGGAUUCUGGGAGCAGAAACGCACACAAAACACCAGCCAUUUUCAGUUUGUUGUGCUCAUCCUCUUUCACUUCAACACAAAGAUCUCGGAGGUGUCCGGUUGAAACGGACAGAAAUAAUGGACGAAGUGAAAGCCGGUGGUCGCGCGCUCGAGCGUUUGUUUUACUGAACCUGUCAUACUAAAAAGCGCCUCAGACGCACAUCAUCUGAUCAACACUGUGAUCCGUGGGAAUUGAUCUUUCUUUUACAUCUGAAAUUCAUCGCACUGGACUGAAUUGUGUCUCAGUCGUCGAUCGCAAACAUAUAAUCAGAUUCUUCACGCGUCAGCUAACGUAACGUUACAGCAAACCCAGAAGAAGAAGAAGAAGAAGAAGAAGAAGAAGAACGAACGAACCUACACCGGCGUCAACAGACUGAACAAAGGAAGUCAGUGCUGCAUCCCCCGGGUGAUGUCCACCAUGGUGUACCCGCGAGAGGAGGCCCUGGAGAGGCUGUCACAAGAUGAGAUUGUUCUGAACACCAAAGCGGUCAUGCAGGGUUUGGAGACCCUGCGUGGGGAACAUGCCCAGCUCCUCAACUCCCUGCUAGACUGCGCCCAGCCACCCACCGCCCAGGAAAAAUCAAGCCUGCUCCGAAAGAGUAUGGAGGACAUUGAGCUGGGACUGGGGGAGGCACAGGUCAUCAUUGCUCUCUCAGGGCACCUGAGUGCUGUGGAAUCCGAAAAGCAGAAGUUGCGUGCUCAGGUGCGACGCCUCUGUCAGGAGAACCAGUGGCUGAGGGACGAGCUGGCCAGUACCCAACAAAAGCUCCAGAAGAGCGAACAGAGUGUCGCCCAGCUGGAGGAGGAGAAGAAACACCUGGAGUUUAUGAACCAGAUCCGCAAGCUGGACGAGGACACCUCGCCCUCAGAGGAGAAGGCCGGAGAGAAGGAGAAGGAAAAUUUGGACGAUCUCUUUCCGAAUGACGACGACCAGGGACCAGCUCAGCCCAGCGGUGAAGCGGCAGCACAGCAGGGAGGAUACGAGAUCCCGGCUCGCCUCCGGACUCUCCACAAUCUGGUGAUCCAGUAUGCCUCUCAGGGCCGCUACGAGGUGGCCGUGCCCCUCUGCAAACAGGCCCUGGAGGAUCUGGAGAAAACCUCCGGACACGAUCACCCAGAUGUGGCCACCAUGCUCAACAUUCUUGCUCUUGUGUACAGGGAUCAGAAUAAGUACAAGGAGGCAGCUCACCUUCUAAAUGAUGCUUUGGCCAUAAGAGAGAAAACUCUGGGUAAAGAUCACCCUGCAGUGGCCGCAACACUCAACAACCUCGCCGUGCUGUACGGCAAACGCGGGAAGCACAAGGAGGCCGAGCCACUCUGCAAGAGAGCGCUGGAGAUCAGAGAGAAGGUCUUGGGAAAAUUCCACCCCGACGUGGCAAAGCAGCUGAAUAAUUUGGCGCUGUUGUGUCAGAAUCAAGGGAAGUAUGAGGAAGUGGAGUAUUAUUACAGCAGGGCCCUUGAGAUUUAUGAGAACAAAUUGGGUGCCGACGACCCCAAUGUGGCCAAGACCAAAAACAACCUGGCAACGUGUUAUCUGAAGCAGGGCAAGUUUAAAGACGCAGAGACGCUUUACAAGGAUAUUCUAACCCGCGCGCAUGAGAAGGAGUUUGGAUCUGUCAACAAUGACAACAAGCCAAUCUGGAUGCAUGCAGAGGAGCGAGAAGAGAGCAAGGGCAAGAGGAAGGACUCAGGCCCUUACGGAGAAUACGGCAGCUGGCACAAGGCCUGUAAAGUAGACAGCCCCACUGUUAACACCACGCUGAAGAGCCUGGGGGCCCUGUACCGCAGACAGGGGAAACUGGAGGCGGCGGAAACACUGGAGGGGUGCGCUUCAAAAACUCGCAAACAGGGCAUUGAUGCCAUUAAUCAGAGUAAAGUGGUGGAAUUGCUGAAGGAUGGGAGUUGUGGUGGUGGGGACAGGCGUCAGAGCAGGGAGGGGGUAAACGGCCCCGGUGGACCUCGAGGGGACUGUGAUGGCGAUGAGGCCGAGUGGAGCGGGGAUGGGAAUGGUGCCCUGCGCAGAAGCGGCUCCUUCGGAAAGAUUCGUGAAGCCCUUAGACGCAGCAGUGAGAUGCUGGUUAAAAAACUUCAGGGCAGCGGCCCACAGGAGCCACGCAACCCCGGGAUGAAGAGGGCAAGCUCUUUAAAUUUCCUCAACAAGAGUGUCGAAGAAACCUCACAGGAAUCUAAUAGCGGUCUGUCAGAAUCCAGAGGACUGAGCGCUAGUAAUGUAGACCUGACCAGACGCAACUCUCUGAUCAGUUAGAAAACAUCAUCUGACACAGAAGCGGGAUGGGGCCCAUCGGAGAAGGUGUUUGCUACCAACUUGAAAUUAAAUACUAUUAAAUUAUCCUUAUUAAAACCAUUUUCACAAAAAAUAUUGUAAUGGCAAAAACGUCUUUAGUUUUACAUGGCUUGCAUCAUUUGAGCUAAGUCUUUCUGCUGUUCACAACACACAUGAACACAAUCACAAUGAAACGCAAAUAAAAAAAGAUAAAAGUUCA